UUAAAGUUUCACAUCGUUUUAAGACGCACUAUGAAAAAUUUAUGAUAAAAAAUAAUAACUAAUAUUUCAUACCGUAGAUUGAAUCGACACAAACCAUAUUAAAAGCACCGCACCAUUACAUAGUGCACUAGAGGAAUCGAUCUUGACCUGGAUGCCAACUCUUGCAUCAAUAGUAGCAGUAGAAGUAUUGUAUAAACUCAUCAAACAACGUUUUUUCCUGCAAAUGGUUUAUCGUUAAGCAGAAGAAUGUAUUAUAAUCACCUGAAAAAUGGAGGUCAACCCCAAAACAGUAAAACCAACGCAGCUGCAAGUGCCCAGCGAUUUGUCGAUGGCUUAUUAACUGAAGGAAAAAAAACCUAUGUAGAAUCAAGCGUUUGUAAAAAAUGUGAACUACCAGCUUAUUACGAUGAGGCUCUUUACAAAAGGGGUCAGCAAUUUUUCUUUAGGCAUAUUUUUGCGAUGUUAUUCGCCAAACUCAACGGACUUUUGGCAGUUUUAUCAAUACCUACAAUUCUGAAAAUUUUAGUACUAACACAGAAGUCCAGUAGUGACUUCACUGCUUACAUAAGAUACAUAUCGACUAUUUUUCAUAUGGUAAUAUGGUAUAAAGAAGACCUAAAUCCUGGAUCAAAGUUAUGGAGAUCUAUACAGGAAGUAAACAAGAAACACACCGCCGCAAGUAAAAAAGGCUGCGCAGCUGGUCUAUGUAGAAUAUCCCAAGCAGAUAUGGCGUUUACACAGUUCGGGUUUAUGGGAUUCCAACUAGCAAGGCCAGGAAUGGUUGGAUUGCACAACGUUAGCGAAGACGAAUGGAAAGCUUUUAUUCAUGUCUGGAGAGUGGUGGGAUAUUUAAUGGGUAUUGAAGAAAGAUUCAAUAUUUGCCGUGAGUCAGUUGAAGAAACCAAAGAAAUUUGCAACCUUUUAAUAGAUAGGUCAUUUUUUCCUGAAGUCGACAAAAAAGAUCGCACCUAUUUGAAAAUGAGUAGACAUUUGGUACACGGUCUUUGGACAAUGAAUCCAGCACUAAGAUAUAAAGUAAUGAUGAACUACCUCUACGAUUUACUUAAACCUGCAGAUAACAACAAUAAUAACAAUAACCAGAAGCCUGUAGAAGACAAGAAGAUGUUUGACUUGAGUCUCAUCAUGAGGUUUAGAUUUUGGUUUUUAGGAUUUGCUGUAAACCUUUUGUUGAAAUAUAGUAUUUUUAGAUUAAUUUUCAAUUGGUUAGAGCAUUUGGCUCUUUGGUUAAUGGAAGUUUGUCCAUUUUUGGCUUAUUAUAGUUUCGGUAAAGCAAAUACUCUUGUUAAAAUAAAGCUUUAAUAAAAAAUUUAGUAUUCAUUAAA